AUGACGAUUGCUGAGAAGGUGACACUUCUCGAUAUGUUGAAAGAAGGCAGAAGUUACGCGGCCGCAGCCCGCCAUUUUGGAGUGAACGAAUCCACCGUUCGCUACAUUAAGAAGGACAAGGCGAACAUUAGAAAGACGGCUGCCAUCACCUUUAGCAGGUCAGCGAAGCGAGUUGUUACUGCUCGUAAUAAAAUGAUCGUCCGUAUGGAAGGUGCUUUAGCAAUCUGGAUUGCCGACUGCCGGAAGAAGAACAUAGCCUUGGAUACGAACACCAUCCGAACCAAGGCUUUGAGUUUGUAUGAGAAUUUUGCGGCAAAGGAACCUCAAGACGACGAUGGCGACCAUGCUGAAGAAGACGAAGAUGAUGUACUAGAUGAACCUCAAGCAGGGACAUCCACUGAUUCCCAGCCUCAGAAACAACGUUUUUCCGCCAGCAAAGGAUGGUUCGCGAAAUUUCAGAAACGCUUCGGCCUGAAAAGCGUUUCCCUGCAUGGCGAGGCUGCUUCUGCUGACACUACCGCUGCUGAAACUUACGCGAAUGAGACAUUUAAGAAUAUUAUCACUGAAGAUGGAUACAAGCCCGAACAAGUGUUUAAUAUGGAUGAGACCGGCUUGUUGUGGAAGAAAAUGCCGUCGCGAACUUUCCUGUUCAAAGAAGAAGCCAAAGCCUUUGGUUUUAAAGCAUUCAAAGAUCGUGUUACCCUCGUGAUGUGUGGCAAUGCUGCUGGAUUUUUGCUAAAGCCGGGGCUUAUUUACAAAUCGAAAAACCCUUGCGCUUUGAAAAAUAAAAAUAAGAAUCUCCUUCCCGUAUACUGGAUGCAUAAUCCAAAAGCAUGGAUUACGAAGAUGCUGACCUCCAACUGGUUCCACCAGUGUUUUAUCCCACAAGUCAGUAAAUAUCUCUUAGAGAAGGGCUUGCCAUUUAAGAUCCUUCUCCUUAUGGAUAACGCUGGUGGACACGCAACUGAUCUGUCGCAUGAGGGCAUUCAGGUUGAGUUCCUGCCACCCAACACAACGUCAUUAAUUCAACCGAUGGACCAGGGGGUUAUCAGGGCGUUCAAGGCCCUCUACACGAAGAAUACCUUGGCGGACCUCAUUGCGUGUGUGGAUGCUGCCCAAGAUGAUGAGGAUGAAACAUUCAAUUUGAAGGCGUACUGGCGGCAGUACACAAUAGCCACGUGCCUGCAGAACAUCCAGAAGGCACUGAAAGAAAUGAAACCUGCUACUGUUAAUGCGAGCUGGAAGAAGUUGUGGCCCCAGAUUGUUUACAAUGACAAGGGAUUUACACCUGCUGAGAUUCAACACUGCAGUACGGAAAUCUGUGCAGUUGGCUGCGAUAAUUGGAGGUGA